GCAGAACCCAGGUCCUGACUAUAAGUGUCUCCAUCAGAUGUGUGCUGCUUCAUCUGCUCACUUUAAGUCUCUACAGGAGCUGGCUCGACACAUUACCACCGUACAUGUGUUUGAUAUUGUCUGUUUAUGGGAUGGUUGUGUGUUUGGGCUGUCACAAGCUGAUGCAAGGGAGAUGGAAACACACAUGCUUAAACAUGUAUACAUGACACACAUUUUCAACUCAUUCAAAGAAUGGUGCGAGUCUUUGCCAUCAGGCUAUGUUGACUCUGGGUCAACAGACUUGAGGCUCUGUCCGCCUGCCUUGAGAUGCCACUUUGACCUAUUACUACUGAAUGAGACCCUGGACAUCCAUGAGAGGUAUACACUCAUUGACCAUCAAAUGUACCUCUUCAUCUUCAAAGGGAUCAUCCAGACCAGUAUUUUGAAAGAGUUGAAAGUUUCAUCUCAAGGCAGCCACCAGGGAAAUGGAUUUUAAAUGGAAACAGUUUUGUAAGAAGUAACAACCAGUACAAGGCAAGACCCCAAUCUUCGACGCAGUCAAGCAAUUCUAUUCUUAAAACUGUUUACUGUGUGUGUCAACCUGACAAUACAGAUGAUACACACAUAACUACAUCUAGAGCAGAACUACUAGGUAGCAGUAAGACUGUUCAUUAUACUAUUCAUAGUGCUAAAAAAUUAAAAACUGAGCAUGCUCCAGCUUGUAAAGUUACAGAAAGUAGCAGCUUAGAUAGCCCAUGGAAGCAAACUGUAGUGAUCUUAAUAACUGUAAACAAGCUCUGUUAACAGAAGUUAAGAUAUUACUAUAUUUCAAGACCGAAUCAUUCUGACCCAAGGAAAAUAAAUGUUUAUUGGAAGUUGAGGAUUUUACUGUGCGUCUUGCUACAUCCCCAGGGUCAUCUGAAGGUGUUUUCUUGUGUAACGUUUUUAAAGUGGAUGUUGACGGACAGGAAAGAUGUUAUUGUAGAUUCAUUGAAUCUGACUGUUACACUAAUUUCAUAACCCAAGUUGGUAAGGACUGCCUGAUGGAAGCUUUAGAUACGUCAUCAGAAUCUUUGUUUCUUCCCCAGAUUGUAACUCAAUCUGACAUACUAAAUUUGAUUCAAAGGACAGAGAGUCGUAGGGAAAAUAAAGGCAAAAAGGGUAGAGCAGACAAAUUAAAAAAAACUAUUUGCGAAAUUUCAAGCAAAUGAUGGCAAAUACAGUAAUUCAGUCUUUCUCAGAAAUGUCAUGUUAAUUUCACUUCUCAUCUUGUACAUUGUGUUUGAAAAGGCUUUCAUGCUGAAGAAGAGCCUAGUGCAUUUUCAGACGAUUGGUUUUGACAUUCUAAUCUGAAUG